UUUUAGUCUGACUCUCGUCUUCGCAUCGUUUCACUAAUCAGGGCCAAAACAGCCGUGUCUGUCACUGCACUGAAGGCACAGCCAUGGCCCUGCUCGAUGUCGCUAUGCAAGCGUUCUCCAUCUUCGGAUUUCUCUUAUUUAUUGUUCUCUGGCUCAUGCAUUUCAUGUCCAUCAUCUACGUCCGCUUGCAUCUCAAUAAGAAGACAACAGAUAAGCAGCCAUACAGCAAACUUGCAGGGGUCUCGCUGCUGAAGCCCCUGAAAGGAGUGGACCCAAACUUAGUAAAUAACCUCGAGACAUUCUUCGAGCUGGAUUACCCAAAGUAUGAAAUUCUACUCUGUGUCCAAGACCAUGACGAUCCAGCCAUCGACGUCUGUAAAAAGCUGCUGGGCAAAUAUCCCAAUGUUGAUGCCAGAUUAUUUAUAGGCGGGAAGAAGGUCGGCAUCAAUCCAAAAAUAAACAACCUCAUGCCAGGCUACGAGGGUGCAAAGUACGAUCUGGUGUGGAUCUGUGACAGUGGCAUUCGAGUGAGGCCAGACACACUAACUGAUAUGGCUAAUCAGAUGACUGAGAAGGUGGGACUGGUUCACGGCCUGCCGUACGUGGCAGACAGACAAGGCUUCGCCGCUACACUGGAGCAGGUGUAUUUUGGAACAUCACACCCUCGUUCAUACAUAUCUGCCAACGUGACGGGGAUUAAGUGCGUGACAGGGAUGUCUUGUUUGAUGAGGAAGGACGUCCUGGACCAGGCUGGAGGCCUCAUUGCUUUCGCCCAGUACAUCGCUGAAGAUUACUUCAUGGCCAAAGCCAUUGCAGACAGAGGAUGGAAAUUCUCCAUGGCAACGCAGGUAGCCAUGCAGAACUCAGGCUCAUACUCCAUCGCCCAGUUCCAGUCACGCAUGAUCAGAUGGGCCAAGCUUCGCAUCAACAUGCUGCCAGCCACCAUCAUCGAGCCCAUCUCCGAGUGCUUCGUGGCAAGCCUCAUCAUCGGUUGGGCUGCUCACCACGUGUUCCGCUGGGACAUCAUGGUGUUCUUCAUGUGCCACUGCCUGGCUUGGUUCAUCUCUGACUACAUCCAGCUCCGAGGAGUACAAGGUGGCCCUCCAUCCUUUUCCAAGCUGGACUACGCAGUUGCCUGGUUCAUCAGGGAAUCCAUGACCAUCCAGAUUUUCCUGUCUGCUCUUUGGGACCCCACCAUCAGCUGGAGAACAGGUCGCUACAGACUACGCUGCGGCGGCACGGCUGAGGAAAUAUUGGACGUAUAGAAAAAAAAAAAGAAAAAGAGAAAAAAAAGCACCUGGAGC